AUGUCGCGCAAUGCUGCUGACUCCGGCGGAGGCGAAGAAACCGACCGGCCUCUCACUCGGCUGGUCAAUUAUCGUUUCGGAACUGAGGACAAAGUGAUGCGUUUCGAAUGGAGCGCGCCUCCAUACGUCCCGGAUCCCCAGGAAGCCAACGGCCAGAAGCCAAAAAAGCUUACAGCAGAAGAGAUCAGACACAAGAUGAAGGAGAGGCGGAGACUUAAGAAGUCAACGCUGGACUGCCUGGUGCAGUUCCUUCAGACUGCCUACGAGAGAGAACCGAGAUUUAAGCAUUAUGCACCGGACGUGUGCUUGAUCAGGAGCGUCGCCCACUCCACAGACGCGAACACAAUCACAAAGUACAUGAGACCUGGAGAAGCGUAUGGAUCUCCCGAUAAACACAUGCACGUGACUGUGCGCUUCUGUACGGAGAAACACUACGGCCACAACGGCGGCUUCUCUGCCCAUCUAUACACAAACCUUGACGGUACCUACGAUGCCAGAAAGGACUUGUCGUGGCACGGAUAUUCGGGUUUUACCCGCACGGACCAAAAGGUCAAGAACAAACCAAAGCCUGAAGAGGUCUUCUACGAUGGAUACCUCUGA